GUUCUUCGCGGAAAAAGGGAUUUCGUGCUGCGCGUAAUUUAUUGGAUUUUACAGAAAAGAAAUGUGUGAUUCCGAUAGCGAAGAGUUCGCUAGUGCGGACGAAGAUUUUGAGGACGUGGAAUCGGAUGAGUCUGAGGGCCCAAAGGUUCCCUCUGCGGCCGUGCCAUCGAAGCAACCUGCGGUGAAAAAGUCUGACGUGGAUCAGGAAAGCGAACGUCCAGCCGUGAAGGACGAUACGAAAUCGAACAAGAAAGAUACAAAGGCCCCUCAAGACGAUGAGGAAAAACAGGAAAAACAGGAGAAAGAACGUCCGGGCGAGCUGCAAGAUGAAGCAGAACCCACAUCGCAGAAGGUCAUUUCAGUAACGAAACCACAAGAACCACCACCGAAGGAACAACCACAGCAGGCUACGGAUUCCAUUCUCCCCACCGAACAACCAGUCCUAGAUGAUGGCGAACCGAAGGAACAGCAGAGGCCUGUGGAAGUCCCGAAGGAGGAACCAGCUGCGGCGACAGUAAAGGCUGCCACUAAACCGGAUGAACCAAAGUCCGCUGAAACGAAAAGUGUAAUACUGAAACCGGAAAAAUCUCUCGACAAAGCAACUGACAGAGUCGACAGCGUGAAACCAAGGAUACUGAAGCCACCAAAGCCACCGUUGAUGUUUGAGGAAUCCCGUAAAGAACCUGAAAAGCCCAUAGAACCGCCGAAACCACCGAAACCCACGAAAGAACCGACUCCGGAAGCAGCACCCGCAGCCGAGGAAGGAUGGGACGAUUUUGAUGAUGAUUGGGGAGACUUUACUGUGGAAAGUGGUGGAGCUAGUCAACCCAAGCCUUCUCAGCCUUCCGGAAAGCCAGAACCCCGGAAUAAGGAACCGUCGGCAGGUGUUAAGACCAGUUUCCGCGAUGUGGACAUCGAUGAGGUUGAGAGUAAGCUGAGUGACUUCAUGAAACACAGGGAUGAUCCUCCGAUCGCAUCUGUAUUUGAUCGAGUGGCAGCAGCUGGGGAUAGCGGUGGUGGUGGUGGCGCCGGUGGAGGUCAGUCUUGGGGUGGUUGGAAACCAUCAUGGGGUGGAGCAGCCGUUUCGUUCCUUUCUUCAGCGUCCAAAUCGGUUGCUUCGAUAACGACCAACAUAACGCAGGUGAUCGAGUCCGGUAUUGGUGUGCCGAACCCGGAAGAUCUGGCAAGGCGACAGGCAGAGGAGGAAGCGAAACUGCGAGCCGAUGGCUAUCUGCCCGAAGAGAAACCGUCGGAGGAGCGACCAAACCAAACGGAGGAUCGUUUCCGGUUUGAUCAACUCGUUUCGGGCGUGACGCAGAUCAGUAGCAAAGUCAUUACCGGUGGUCUGGACACGCUCGAGGGCAUUGGCAAGAAAACGAUGACCAUUCUCCAGGAGAAUGAUCCAGGUUUGUUGAACAAACGGAAACUACUGGGGCUAACGCCGAACGAUGGCGUCAUUUUAAGUCAAGUGCUACGAGAAGCGAAGGCAAAGACGGAGGAACGCGAACGGAAUUUGAAGCAGAUCCAAAAGCAUCAGUACAAGAAGAAGCUUCACUUCGAGACACUGUUCGAUGAUUACCACGGGUUGGUGCACCUGGAAGCGCUCGAGAUGCUAUCGAAGCAGGCACAGCUGAAACUCGAAUCGUUGAUGGCUCCUUUGACCGGGAAAGCUCUGGAAGAGCUGCAGGAGACGAUGACCGAAGUGAAGGAGUUGUGUGAACUACCGGAAAUAGAGUCUGAAACGGCCGAUGCCGAUGGCACACAAACGGUCGACGAGCUGGAACAGAAGCUUCGCGAAACGAUCAUCGAUCUGGACCCAAGUGUUAAGGUGGAUUUUGGAGAAAUUCUCAAGAGUUGGAGCGACUAUACGGCUUGGUUAGAUGAGAACAAGCAUGCUGACGGCGAAACCCGUUCGGUGCAAGACAUUUUCGAGAAGGCCAUGCAUGCGUUGGCCCAGACAACGGCGCUCUGUGUGCUGAGGAUGCACAAGCUCGCCGAAAUCCUGCUCAUCAGCGAACAUCACAGUACGGCCACGGAGGCCGAUGUGCUGGUCCAGCUAACGACAGUGUUUUGCUGGCAUCUUAGCGGGGUAGCGGCACGAUUCUGCACCGAACUAACCAAUCACAAUCAGAACAAUUCACCGUCGAAUGAGAGCGACGGUAGCACGCUUAUCACAAACAUCUUUCUUGAGGGCUCCAACAGUACAUUGUACAUUCAGAAUGCGUUCCAGUUGUUCAUCCCUAUCCUGCAGCUUGGCGCCGCUUAACUCCCGUUCGUGUACUCACCAAAAUCCAUCCUUUCUCACGGUGUCCGAUAUUGUUGUUAACAAACCCUUCCAUUUUCCAUUGUUA